CCCUUCACUAAUAGUUUGACAGCUCGGUCAUUACUGUGGAAACGAAAAACGUGUACGGUUAUAGCAAUAUGAGUGAAAGUUCAACGGAAGAUUACAGCCCGAAUGAUGGCGAUUCGAAUGGUUCGGAAGGCAGCUCCGUCGCGGCGCCGGCCAACAACGACGCGGAUGAUGCCAUGAUCCUGGAUUUCAUAAACCAGCAUGCCAACUACAUCGACGUCUCUUCCGCAUCCGCUAAUCUUGAUAAUCAGCCCGAGGAAGACUUUAAUUUGGACUUGAAUUUCGAUUGGACCACGAUGGUCAACAAUGAUAUGUGCCAGCCUCUGAUUGACUUGAGCGAGGAUGCCGCGGAGGGUGCAGAAGGACCUUCCUCCUCUGGCCGCCGACCAAUCGGCAAGAACAUUUCCAACCAGAUGCCAGAGUCGGAUGUGGAGACUGAAUCGGAUACAGACUCUGAGGGGAAUGUGAGCAACGAUGGGGCAAGCGACGAUGAUUCUUCGCAGUCUGACAGUCCCAAUGGGGACAAUGACGAGGCAGAUUUGACAGGCCGUGACUCGAAGGAUUUAGAGGAUAGCAACGAUAUGCCCUCAACUUCCACUGGCGGGUCAUCAUCAUCGACUUCACCGACCACCUCAUCAGACGCAGUGGAUGGUAUGAAGGACUCGACUCCCGAGGCCGAAGAUGCCUCCGAAAAUCUCUCAGAUUCUGGCGUUCAGGAUCGUCCGGCUGGUGGGAAGCCCAGUUUCGGGUCCUAUCCGAGGAACUAUCCGGCAGCUGGCAAGCCCAGUCUGAGCUGCAAGCCACCUCGAACCCCCAGAGGCGGCAAAGGAUCUGGCAAAGUGAUUCAGUCCGGCGGCAAGUUGUCCCGUCCCAUGGCCGCCAAUCAAUUGAAUAGAGCCAUGCCGGUGGCACAGAAGCCUUUACAUCCCUACAUGCCCCCGUCGCGGGGCAAGCAGAUCAACAACUACGCCUAUACGCAGCAGCGCGGCAAGCAGAUCCACAACAUGAUGCCCCCGGGUGGCAAGCUCUCGCGUGGCAAGCAAAUCAGCAACGCUCCUCCGCCUCGUCGUCCACCGUCGGGCAAGAAAAUCAGCAUGACAGCGUUUAUGAAUGGAUCGAUUACUCGCCUGGAAGACAGGCCCCGUUCACCGGCUGUCAGAUCACCGUCAUCCUCAUCCUGCGAUUCCUCCUCGUCGGGUUCCGGGUCCUCAUCGGGCUCCAGCUCGGGAUCAAGUUCUAGUUCCGGGUCAGGCUCAGGCUCAGGCUCCAGCUCAAGCUCAGGCUCUGGCUCAAGCUCCAGCUCCAGCUCGAGCUCCGGCUCUGAUUCUGAUUCCUCCAAGAAGUCCACCAAAUCGGCAUCCAAACCGGAAUCCAAGUCCGAAUCUAAACCUACAUCCAAGUCAGAGUCGAAAUCUACAACGAAGUCUGCAUCCAAUGCGAAGUCUGCACCCAAAUCUUCACCCAAAUCUUCAUCCAAGCCUUCAUCCAAACCGGCACCCAAGUCCCAUGCUCCGCUCACUUCAGAGGAGGCCGGACGCAGAGCAGCUGCCCGAUUGUCUGAAAGCUCAUCCUCAGAAUCGGCAUCGCCACCCCGAAAGUCGCCGAAGGGAAAGCGUCCAUCGCCAGUGGUAUCUGCCCCUGGAAACCGUGUGGCCUUCGCCGACUUGCCGCUCCGGUACAACCCCCAGUUGGGCCAGCCAGAGAGCUUGGACACACCCACGCCCCCCCAAACACCGGUUCAUCUGCCAUCGCUGCCCAGCUUAAACUCACCAGAUCCUCACCGUCCCCGGAAACCCAUCGCCAGUCUGCCCUCCCCGUUGAAGGAUUCUCUUCGCGUGCCGGUACUGUCGGAGUCCUCAUCUACAUCUUCCUCGCGGUCAUCGUCGGUAACCCGUCGCGCCCGCCAACGUCAGACCGACAAGAAGGAGGAUGCGCUAUCCCAUUCAUCUCUCGAAGAAUCACUAAAGGCCAUAUCACAAUCUCAAUCCUCAUCCGCAGAGGCACCUUCUGGCUCUGCUACUGGGUCUGGCACUCGCCCCAAAGCUGGCACAGGUUCUGUCAUCUCUGUCCCCAAAGCUGGUUCGGGUUCUGCCACUUCUGGCUCAGCGAUCACCGCAACUAGCACAGCAGCCGCCAUCUCUGGCUCAUCAGCCCUCACUGGCUCCUCUAGCUCCUCGCGCAGCUUGGGAUCAGCGGGCAUCUCUAUUUCAACAGCCUUUAGAGGAUCUGCAUCAGGCUCUCAAUUUCAAGCUCGUUUAACUGGGUCUAUCAACUCAUCGGGUUCAUCUUCAGGCCCCCGUUCCAGAGGGGCUGCUGGUUCUGGCAACAAGACCAAGAACGACCCUUCCAUUUUUCCAUUGGGAAAGAAGGGCAGCGGAAGCGGAAACAUAAAUCCCGAUAGUACGUCGAACACGAAGACCCAGUUCAACGUAACUAUAGAGUCAGAUGCUAAAGUUGAUUUGAAGGCUAUGUUGAAACCCAAUGCGGCUGAAAAGCCGGACCCGAGCGUUCCCCAGAAGCGAAGACUGCCUCCCGUUCCGCCCAGGCGCGUCCUGAAGCCCGUUGCCAAGAUCCAAGAGGACAGCCUGUCGUUUACCAGGAUUCAUACACAGCCGAAGCGAUUGGUGAAUCCGGUUAAACAGAACCAAAUAAGUAUACCCGCAGCCAUGGAGAAGCCGCCAAAUGCUGCCAUGCUGGCCCUGAACAAGCCGUCGGAGAAGCCCUCUGGUCCUCCAGGUCAGCAAGCUAAUAAGAGUCAAGUCCAAUUGAACACCACCGAUCCUGGAAUGAAAUUGCCGACAAAAUCUGACGAAGCUGCUGCUGUCAAUGACGAAAAUUCGUCUGCCCUUCCAAAUCUCAUGCAGCGCAGAAAGACAGUCGACCAGAAAACCUUGAAUGAGAAAAUUCAAACCGAAGCUUCUAAAAACUCAACCGAGAAUGAGAAGCCCUCUGGGUCGGCAAAUAUGCAGAGAAGACAGACGGUUGAUCACGUUUUCUUUGGAAGGCCAGUGGCAAAGAAGCCUUCCAGUUCAGCAGGUCAAGUGGAAAACGAGCGUCCAGUCAUCAAUCCUCUUGAUAUACCUCUGGUGAAUCAAAAGCGUAAGAUGCCCGAUGUGCCGUGCUGGAAGCCCAAUGGGCGGAAGCCUGCCAGGAAGAGGAAGCCAGCCGUGGAACCGGAUCCGUCGCAACCCAAACGAAAGCCCGGAAGACCUCGUAAAUAUCCACUUGUAGAGCCGCAGCUAUCGGCAACAGGUGAGCCCAUUGUUAAAGAACGAAAAAAGAGAGGCCCGUAUAAGAAAAGGAUUAAGCCGGGACAGGAUGCUACGAAUCCUUCCCAAGGCAAUCCAGACGCGACUAAGCCAACCGAUCCUCCAACAAAUACGGAAGAAAAACCAAAAGCUAAACGAGGUAGAAAGCCCAAAAUUAAAGCGGUUGAAGUCCCUAUCCCUAAUGCACCUCUCGAAGUCCCCAGUACCUCUGCUGCACCUGUAGAAGUCCCCAGUACCUCUAAAAUGGCGGCAAUUGACGGACCAAAGGUUGCAAAUGUGCUUCAGGCAAAGCCCGAUAUUGGCCUUCCCAAAGAAGUCAAUCCCAAUAAUAUGGAGGCCAAAAACAUGGCGAAAAAAACUAUCAAAAUGGGCAACAGUGGCAGCCCACUGGAAAAUGGUCUUCCGAAAAUACUCCUAGAAACUAAUGAAGGAGUUGUGGAGGAGAAAUUGUAUAGAAAGCCUCAGGAGGCCAGAAGGAUGCAGGGAGAGACGAUCGAAAUGAAAACCUGUGAAAGACCACAGGAAGCUACGAACUUAGUAGAAAACACACCUGCUUCCAGAGUGUUAAACGAUAGAGUACAACUGGAAGCCAGGCAAGUGGAGAGGCAGUUCAGUUCCAAAAUGGCCAAUGGUGAAAGGCCGAUGGAAGAAAAGCGACCAUCCCCUUCCAGAAACAUGGCGGGAAGACCACCAUCUACUUCCAAAGUCCUGGAGGAAAAUCCUCUGAAAGCUAAUGAACUGGAAGGACGAUCAUCUUCUUCCUCAAUAAUAAAUGAUGGAAACAUGGCGGAAAUACCAUUUGCUGGCCGAAAACUGGAAGAAGAAAAGAAUAUAGGGACAACCAGUGCAAGACCACUGGAAACUAAUAUUGUGGAAGAAAGUCCUCUGGAAGCCAGAAGAAUGGAGGAGCGUUCCACAAUGAUGAAUGAAGCAUCAGCCUCUUCUAGAAUAUUAUUGGAGGCCAGACAAAUAGAGAGGCAUUUAAGCUCCAAAAUGGCAAACAGUGGAAGGCCUGUGGAAGCCAGACAACCUAUGGUCCUAGCCAUAGAAGGAGGACCAGCCAUGCCCAGACUGUCAAGUGAUGUAAUAUCACUAAAGGCAAGGCAAGUGGUAGAGGGUACACCCACUUUCCCACCCAAAAUGGCAAAAGGUGGUUGGCCGAUGGCAGCUAGAAGAAUAGAGGCUGAACCAUCCCCUUCCAUCUGGGCAGGCGGUACUAUGCCGAAUGAGGCCAAACGCAUAGAAGAGAGACAGCCGUCCACUUCUGAAAACCUGGAGGAAAGAUGGCCAUCCACUUCCAGAAAGAUGGAAGAAAAACGACCAUCUAAUUCCAGAGACAUAGAGGAAGCAAAACGACAAUCCGCUUCCAGAAUCAUGGACAAAAUUCAUCCAGAAUCUUUCCGAAACACAGACGAAAGACGACCACUCGAUCCUAGAAGCAUAGAGGAAGAAGCUUGUCGAAUGGGAAUUGUCGAAAGACAGUCCUUCUCCAGAAUGGCAAACGAUAAAAAGCCAGUAGAAGAACAAUACAUGACUGAAAGACCAGCUAAUUUAAUACCACUGGAGGCCAGAAAAAUUGAGGAGAGGGCAUCGACUUCCAAAAUGAGGCUAGAAGUGGCUGUAGAGGCUGAACCAUCCCCUUCUGGAAGGGCAGGUGGUGAAAGAUCGAUGGGAGUCCGACGCAAGGAAGAAGGACGUUCAUCCACUUCCAAGGGCAUAGAGGAAAAGCCUGUGAAAGUUAGAGAACUGGAAGAACAAACUUCUACUUCCGGAGUAAUAAUGGAUGAAAAGCCACUUGAAGCGAAACAAAUGGCGCAGAAACAAUCUAUAAGUGGGUUGGCAAGAAGUGAAAGGCCUAUGGAAGAAGGAAAAAUGAUGGAAGAAACCAUCACUGGAAGGUCUCUGGAAGUUAAAAAAAUAGAAGCCACACGCAUGACGGACAGAAAACUAUGCACUUCUGGAUACGUAGAGGAAGGACACCCAUCCACUUCCAGAAACAUGGUGAAAACACAGCCUUCCACUGGAAAAAACGUGGAAGAAAGACGACCAUCCACUUCCAGAAAUAUGGACGAAAAACGAACAAGCAUUUCCAAAGAUAUGGAGGAUAGACGUCCAUCCCCUUCCAAAUACUUGGAGGAUGGACAACCCUCCACUUCCAUAAAUAUUGAAGAAAAUCGACCAUCCACUUCCACAAACAUGGAGGAGGGACGACCAUCCAUUUCCAGAAUCCAGAUUUCUCGAGGGAGCGCCGAUGAAAAGGCCCUGGAAGCUGGAAAGAUGGAGCAAACACCAUGCACUUUCAAAAUGGCACCGGUUCAAAGGCUGAUAGAAGCCAGAGAUAUGGAGCAAAAGCCAGAGAUAUUUACUCCCAAAAAAAUGGAGGAAGAACCUCAUGGAAUGAAGUACGAUGGAUGGCCAGCUAAAGGCAUGGAAAACAGCCCAUCCAGUUCCAUAAGCACGGAGGAAAGACGAUCAUCCAAUGCUAGAAUCUUGGCGGAAGAAUCUCAUGGAACGAAAAUGGGUGAAAAGCAUCUGGAAGCUGGAAAGAUGGAGCAAAUCCCUUCCAAAGUGACUAUGGAAUGGCCACUGGAAAUGCAGGACACACCAUCCACUUCCAAAGUGGCAAUCGGUGGAAGUCGAAUGGAAGCCAGUAAGGUUGAGGAGAUGGAGGAGAGACCAUCCACAUCCGGAGUGUCGAAUAGAGAAAGUCCGAUGGAAGCAAACAAAAUUAUUGAAAAACUACCUACUUUCCAAGUGGAAUACUGUACUCAGAUUGACGAAAAACUGACCACCUCAGGAAUUCCAAAUGAAGGGGACAGUCCUCCUGAGACUGCCAGUAAUUUGAUGACUGAGACAGCAUCCACAUCCGAAACGUCCAUGAAUGCUUCUAUUCCUAUCAAUGAAGUACCAGAAAAGGCUGGCAUGCCGGAAGCUGGCCAGAAAAAUCGAAAAAUUCUUAUUCGUCCAGUAAGCGUAAUACCGGUAUCGGCACCUAUUCUAAAGUAUAAUCCAAUAGUGCCCCCGGUACGGGGAUCGGGUAUGCAGGUGGGGACUGAACCAGAGAGUUCCGAGAAUGUAGGUCCCUUGGAAGAACCUGAGGAUGAUGCUAUUUCUACCCAUGAAGAACCUCAGAAAGAUUCUAGUCCUGUCCAUGAAGACCCUCCGGGAGAUGUUGGUACACCCCGUGGGGAGUCCCUGGGUGAUUCAACUCCAAUCUAUGACGAGUCUCUGGAUGGUUUCAGUCCACUCUACGAAGUCCGAGUGAAACCUGUAGUAGAGGGUGAGAACUCAAUACCACUUAAGGGAGAAGAAAAAACGUAUUGCCGUUCCUCUGCAAUAAAUAGUCUCUUCGAGUAUGACGAGAAUGAAAAAAUCGCUAAAUCCCAAGAGUACUAUGACCAGUAUGACUCAGAGCCUAGUCCCAUUUAUGUCGAGGAUGACGAUCAGCCCUCAACAUCAAGAGCUGCUAUGCUUCAGCUCCAAGAAAAUGCCAUGAAAAACAGGGCAACUACCAUUAAAAGUGACGACGAAUUUCGGGAUGUAUGGGCUAGUUGUUCUGAAGAAAAGAGCAAUGAAACUGAACAUACAACUGAAGCCGAAGAAGAUCCACCCAAAAUGGUAAGUCCCCAAAUGAAGAUUAUUUUUCCCGAAGAGGAUAAUCCUCUAAAGAUUAAGAUUGUCAAGUGUAAGAGCAAUCACUCAGAAGAAGUGGAAAAGGCAACUCCUAUUGAGGUGGAGAAGCAUAUUGCCAAAGGGGGGAGCUCAACUCCUUCGAUCACGAAAGAAAAUUCAACCGAAGGAGCCACAGAAGACGUUCAUUUAAAAGAGGGGACAAAACGGGACACGAGAACCUCUACAGUUCGCCAAAAACAAUCUUAUUCAAAAGAAUCCCAUCAAAAAUUGGAAAAUCAUUCCCUCGUAGCGGAUCUUUCCAAGCUGGACAAAAAACCUAGAGAAGAAUAUCAUCCAAGAGAUUCUCAUUCAAGAGAGUCUCGAUCAAGAGAACGCCAUUCAAGAGAAUCUCAUUCAAGGGAAUCUCAUACAAAAGAGUUUUAUUCAGAAGAAUCCUUCGCAAAGUUCAAAAAUCAUUCCCCAGAUGCUAGUCUUUCCCAACGGGACAAGAAAUUUAAAGAAUGUCUUCCAAUGGAAUGUCAUUCAGAAGAUUCUCAUCCAAAAGAAUCUUAUCCAAAUGAGUUGAAUUCAAAUUUAAAUCAUUCCCGUCUAGCUGAUUGUCCAAUCAUGGCCAAAAAACCUAGAAAAGAAUCUCCACCAAGAGAAUCUCAUAUAAAUGAAUCUAAUUUAAGAGAAUCUAAUAUUAGAGAAUCUCAUUCAAUAGAAUCCCACUCAAGAAAUUCGCGUCCAAAAGAAUCAAAUUCAAAGGAAUCUUUGUCAAAAUUGGAAAAUCAUACCCCAGAAGCAGAUCUUUCCAAACGGGACAAGAAGCGUGAGGAAGAAUGUAGUCCCAAAGAAGAAUCCCAAGAAGAAUAUUAUCCGAAAAAAUAUUCAAAAGACUCUGAUCCAAAAGAGUCUUAUACAAAAAUUGAAAAUCGUUCUCUCGAAGCUGAUCUUUCCAAACGUGACAAAAAUCGUAGAGAAGAACUUCGUCCCAGAGAAUCUCAUAAAAAUGGAUCUUAUCCAAAAGAAUCUUUGUCGCAAGUGGAAAAUCAUUCUCCCGAAGCUGAUCUUUCCAAACAUAACAAAAAUCCUAUAGAAAAAUGUCAUCCAAAAGAGUCCCAUCCGAAAGAAUUUCCUGCAAAAGAUUCUAAUCCAAAAGAGUCUUUUUCGAAGGAAUCGCAUCAUUCCACCAAAGAUGAUCUUUCCCAACGGGAUAAGAAGCCUAGAGAAGAAACUCUUCCCAGAGAAUCUUUUCCAAAGGAAUACCAUCCAAAAAUUGGAAAUCAUUCCACUGUAGCUGAUUCUUCGAAACGGGGAGAGAGAGCUAGAGAAGAAACUCACUCAAAAGAUCAUUCAAAAGAAUUUUAUGCAAAAAAAUCGCAUUCAAAAGAUUCCUAUUCUAAAGAAUCAUGUCCAAAAGAAUGUUAUGCAAAAGUUGAAGAUCAUUCCACUGACGAUCGGAGCAAGAAACGUAGAGAAGAAUCCCAUUCAAGAAAAUCUUCAGAAGCUCAUAAACAAAAAUCUUCUUCACAAACGGAAGCUCAUUCUGCUGUAGCUGAUCUUUCCAAACGUGACAAGAAACAUAGAGAAGAAUCCCAUUCAAGGGAAUCUUGUCUCAAAGAAUCUCAUUCACAAAUGAAACGUCGUUCCCCUAUAACUGAUACUUCCAAAUUUGGCAAAAAACGUAGAGAAGAAUCUCAUUCAAGAGAACAUGAUUCAAGAGAAUCUUCUACAAAAGCUUAUCAAAAAAUGGAAAGCAAUUCCACUGUAACUGAUAUUGCCAAACGAGACAAGAAAUAUAAAGAGGAAUCUCAUUCAAGAGAGUCUCCUCAAAGAAAGCCUCAUCCGAAUGAAUCCCAUUCUAAAGGAUUACAUUCAAAUCAAUCAUAUUCAAAAGAGUCUAAUCCAAAAGAGUCUCAUCUGAAAGAGUCUCAUCAAAAAAUACCUAGAGAAGAAUCAAUUCCAAGGGAGUCUCAUCUAAAAGAUUCUUAUCCAAAAGAAUCUUAUCAAAAAACCGAAAAUCAUGUUCCUUCUAAAAGGGAUAAGAAAUCCAAAGAUGAAUCAUAUCUAAGAGUGUCUUUAAAAGAAUCUUAUGCGAAAGACUCACAUCCAAAAGAAUCAUAUUCAAAAGAGUCACAUUCAAAAGACUCACAUUCAAAAGACUCGUAUUCAAAAGAUUCGUAUCGUAAAAUGGGAAAUCGUUCUCCUGUUGCUGAUUUUUCCCAACGGGGGAAAAAACCAAGAGAAGAAAUUUAUUCCAAAGAAUCCUUACGAAAAGAAUCUCAUACAAGAGAAUCUCGUCCAACAGAAUCUCGUCUAAAAGAAUAUAAUCAAAAAGAAUAUCGACGAAGAGAAUCCCAUUCAAAAGAAUCUCGUCCAAAAGAGUCUCAGUCAAGUGAGUAUAUUUCAAAAGAACAUCUUGAUCCUUCCAAAUGCGACAAGAAAACUAGAGAUGCAUCCCAUCUAAGAGAGUCUCGCCAUAAAGAAUGUUAUUCAAAGGAAUCUUACUCAAAAGAGUCCCAUCCAAGAGAGUCUCAUCUAAAAGAAUAUCGUACGAAAGAAUCUCAUCCAAAAGAAUCUUCUUUGAAACAAUCUUCUUCAAAACAAUCUCAUGCAAAAGAGUCAUCAAAACAAUCUUGUUCAAAUGAAUCUUAUUCAAGAGAAUCGUAUUCAAAAGAUUCUUAUCCUAAAAUGGGAAAUCGUUCUCCUGCAGCUGAUCGUUCCAAACAGCGCAAAAAAUCUACAGAAAGAUCUUAUUCAAGAGAAUAUCAUCCCAAAGAAUCUCAUUUUAGAGAAACUUCGAAAGAGUUUCAUUCAAAAGAGUCUUCGAAAGAGUCUCAAGAAAAGAGAGUAAAUCCUUUCAGUUCUAAACAGAGCAAGAAACCUAGAGAAGAAUCUUAUUCAAGGGAAUCGAAUUCAAGACAAUCUCACCUCAAAGAAUCUCAAUCAAGAGAAUCUUAUUCGAAGGAAUCUCAUCCAAAAAUGGAAAAUCCUUUCGCUUCUAAACAAAGCAAGAGACCUAGUGAAGAAUUCCAUUCCAGAGAAUCUAAUUCAAGACAAUCUCAUCUCAAUGAAUCUCAAUCAAGAGAAUCUUAUUCGAAAGAAUCCCAUCCAAAAAUGGAAAAUCCUUUCAGACCUAGUGAAGAAUCCCAUUCCAGAGAAUCUAAUUCAAGACAAUCUCACCUCAAAGAAUCUCAAUCAAGAGAAUCUUAUUCGAAAGAAUCGCAUCCAAAAACUGAAAAUCCUUUCGCUUCUAAACAAAGUAAGAAACCUAGUGAAGAAUCCCAUUCUAGAGAAUCUAAUUCAAGACAAUCUCAUCUCAAAGAAUCUCAAUCAAGAGAAUCUUAUUCGAAAGAAUCUAAUCCAAAAAUGACGAAUCCUUUCACUUCUAAACAAAGCAAGAAACCUACUGAAGAGUCUCAUCCAAGAGAAUAUCUAAAAGAAUCUAACUCAAAGGAAUAUCGUACAAAAGUGGAGAAUCAUUCCUCUGCAGCUGAUCUUUUCAAACAGGGAAAGAAACGUAGGGAAGAAUCUGAUCCAAGAGAGUUUUAUCCAAAAGAAACCUAUCUUAAUGUGAAAAAAGAUUCGCCUGUAAUUGAUCUUUCCGAAAAGGUCAAGAAAGCUAAAAGAGAAUCUCUCCCAAACGAAUCUCAUCAGAAAGAAGUUUAUUCAAACGAAUCCCAUUCAAAGUUAGAAAAUCAAUUUCCAGUAACUGAUCUUUCCAAACGAGAAAAGAAACCUCAAGAAUACUCUUAUUCAAAACAUUCUCAUCCAAAAGAUUCUUAUCCUAGAGAGCCUAAUACAAAAGAAUCGCAUUCCAGAGGGUCUCAAACAAAAGAAUCUCAUCCUCGAGAGUCUUUUUCGAAAGAAUCGCAUUCUAAAGAGUCCUAUUCAAAAGAAUCGCAUUCUAAAGAAUCUUAUUCCAAAGAAUCGCAUUCGAAAGAGUCUUGUUUAAAAGAAUCGCAUUCUAAAGAGUCUUAUUCAAAAGAAUCGCAUUCUAAAAAGUCUCAUCCAAAAGAAUCGAACUCCAAAAUGAGAAAUGAGUCUCCAAUUGCUGAUCUAUCCAAACGUUCCAAAAAACCUAUAGAAGAAUCUCAUCCCAGAGAAUCUCUUAAAAAUGAAUCUUAUUCGAAAAUGGAAAGUCAUUGUCCCGUAGCUGAUAUUUCCAAACUUUCCAGAAAGCCCAGAGAAGAAUCUAAUCCAAGAGUUUCUCAUCCAAAGGAAUCGUAUUCAAAUGAAUCUCAUUCGAAAGGAUCUUAUUCGAAAGAGUCUUAUUCAAAAGGAUCUUAUUCGAAAGAAGGUCAUUCAAGAAUGGAAAAUCAUUGCCCCGAAGGAUCUGAUCCUUCCAAACAUGACAAAAAACAUAGAGAAGAAUCUGAUCCAAGACAAUCUCAUAAAAAGGAACCUUACACAAAAGAGUCUCAUCCAACAGAUCUCUCCAAACUUGGAUAUCUAGAGAAGAAACAUAGGGAAGAAUCUCAUCCAAGAACAUCUAAUCCAGAGGAGUCUCCUGAAAAGGAAACUUAUCUAAUGGAAUCUUAUCCAAUGCACCCUCUCGAAAAGGAAACUUAUCCUAAAGAUUUUCAUUCAAAUAUAGAUAAUCAUUCCAAAGUACAAGAUGAUAAAAUCGCACCUGAAGUGAAAUCUCCUUCGGCCAAACAUUCCUCCAGAAGGAGCCGAAAACCAAAAGACUUUCCACUCGAAAAAGAAGAGAAAGUCCCCUUGAAGAAGAAGUCAUCGGAGAAUCCCUUCAGUAACGCCAAAAGAAUGAAAAUCUCUGAAUCUCAUCCAGAAACUACUCAAAUCUCGAGUAAUCUCGACAUCGAAACUCGAAAAUCGACAGAAAAUCGACAGCCCGUACCCCUAAAUCCGCCACUACCCAAAGGUGAUCCUACUCCUGUGCCUCUUCCACCUCCCAUGGAGCAACCACCACUGCCCACAAAUCCACCUCCUCCUCGUCCUCCCUCCCCACCACCAGCACCGCCGAAACGCAAGGCCAUCAGGAAGAGGACGACGGAGACUCGACCCAAGGAUGUGCCAAUUUUAAUGGAGGCCGUUGAAUCCUACUCGAAGAGCAAGAAGGUGGACACCAAAGCAUCCAAGAAACCUCCACAGAACAAAAAGAAAUCGGACCCUUCCAAUAAAAAGGCAUCCAAUUCCAAGCCAGAGGCAGCUAAGAAGGCAAAAAAGCGCAAGAUGUUUGAUCCACUUCCGGUUCUCCGUCCGAAGAAGAAGUAUCCUGAAUUCCUGAUGAAGGACCCCAUACCAAGGUGCAGUUUCAAAAUUCCGAAAAUCGGAAAUCAGCCACCAGUUGAGCUAAAAAAUAAUUCAAUGCUCGAGAAGGAAACUGUGGAGGACACGUCCUCGCGAAGAAUGUCACAACAAACUUACCAAACCAGGCGAAUGGAGUCCAAUAAUGCCAACCAGGCUGUAAACGAAAAGGGGGUAACAUCCGAAAAUAAUAGGAAUAAUAUGAUCGCUGUGCCGGAAACUAAAAAUCAAAAUUCUCAAGGACCCAGUAGUUCAAAGAUUAAAGAAGAUAUUGAAAAGACAAACGGCGUGGAUCUUUUUCGAAAGCCAACUUCAAAAAACUCAAAGGCAAAAUCCAAACACAUCCGGAACAUAGAACGGCUCAUUUGUAGUGCCUUUGAUGGACGCAAGUACAGGACUCUCCGGGACAUCCGGGCACGCACCAACCUCUCGAAAGACUGCAUCCGCCGUGUGCUUCGAAAGAUCGCCAAAAUCAAGCGCACCAAGUGGCGCAUCAGCGUGUUCUAUCUGGAGGCCUAUCAUACCGAGGUGUACGGCGUCCCUCACACUAAGAAAUACAAGCCGCUGGCACUGAAUAGACUGUAUCGCCAGGUGAUUAGUUGCUUCGAUGGUCGAAAGUUUCUGCGCAUGGAGGACAUGGUCGAGAAGACGGGUCUGCCCGAGUCCCAGGUGCGUUCCGCCCUGAAGAUGAUCGGACGCAAGCGCUCCACCAAGUGGCGCCUCCUCGACUACCAGAAGCCGGAGGUUCACAUCCAUCGCGGCCAUCGCAGAAUUAAUCGUGGCGACUCCUCUGACGAUUACUAAACUGCAUUUUCAAUGUUUCACUUUCAACAUUUCAAGUUAUAUUUCCAGUUGCACUUUCAGUUGCCAGUUCCAGUUACAAGUUCCUUUUAUUUGCCUUUUUAUCCAUUUUAAUUGGAUUGAAAAUUUAUUGAAAUUAUAUAUAAUAUUAAAUUACUAACAU